GAAGCACGAGUCUGACGUCUGAUACAGGGGAAAAGUCGCCGAUUUGUACUGUAUUGGGGGCGUCGAGGCUGGGGCCGAAGAUGUGGAUCUUAGUAUGCUGCAUUAGCUUUUUACUCGCUGUUUGCAGGGCGGACGACAUCGUGGUGGGCUGUGGGGGAUUUGUCAAGUCGGACGUGGAGAUUAAUUACUCACUUAUUGAGAUUAAGUUGUACACCAAGCAAGGAUCCUUAAAAUACCAGACGGACUGUGCACCGAUAAACGGAUACUUUAUGAUCCCUCUCUAUGACAAGGGAGAUUUUGUGUUGAAGAUUGAGCCACCUGUGGGAUGGAGCUUUGAGCCUACUAGCGUGGAUCUCCACGUAGAUGGAACCAAUGACAUCUGCACCAAAGGAGAAGACAUUAACUUCGUUUUCACGGGCUUCUCCGUGUCGGGAACGGUGUUAAGCAAAGGGCAGCAGCAGGGUCCUGCGGGGGUGGAGGUGAGCCUGCGUAAGGAAGGAGCCGAGGGCAGCCUGCAGACUGUCCUUACACAGCAAGGAGGAAAGUACACCUUCUUCAAAGUACUGCCUGGCAGUUAUGACAUCACUGCAUCCCAUCCAUCCUGGACUUUAGAGAAGAGCAGUACUUCAGUGUGGGUCUCCAACGCCAAUGCUCCAGCCACACUGCCCCUGGUGGUGGGAGGCUACGAUGUUUCAGGGGAAGUGCGUAGUGAUGGGGAGCCCAUGAAGGAGGUCACCUUCUUGCUCUUCUCAGCCACAGUCAGGAAGGAGGACAUCACUGGGUGUAACAGCGCCCCCGUGGAAGGCUCGUUGCCUGGUGAUGCCGCCCUCUCCUUCCUGUGCAGCGUUGUCUCUCGGGAGGACGGCGCGUUCACCUUCCCCUCACUGGCCAGCGGGGAGUACACCGUGGUUCCUUACUACAGAGGAGAGAGGAUCACCUUUGACGUAGCUCCCUCUCGCAUGGUCUUCAGAGUGGAGCAUGACAGCCUGCAGCUAGAGCCGAUCUUCCGUGUGAUGGGCUUCUCCGUGACCGGCAGGGUGCUGAACCGGCCCGAAGGGGAGGGCGUGCCCAGCGCCACAGUGACUCUCAACAACCAGAUCAAGGUGGUAACCAAGGAAGACGGAUCCUUCCGCUUGGAGAACAUGACGGCGGGUACCUACACCAUCCGCGCCCACAAGGAGCUCAUGUUCUUCGACCCCGUCACCGUGAAGAUCGCCCCCAACACGCCUCAGCUUCCCGACAUCAUUACUACUGGGUUCAGCAUAUGCGGUCAGAUCUCCAUCAGCCGGCUUCCCGAAGGCCUGAAACAGCAGGGCCGGUACCGAGUGACACUCACGCCCCGCGGGCAGGAUAAGGCUUCUAGCCGCACUGUCGAGUCUGACCAGCAGGGGGAGUUCUGCUUCCAGGCAAAACCUGGGGACUACAGUGUUCAGGUCUCUCUCCCCGAGGCCGAAGUGAAGGCCGGCCUGGCCCUGCAGCCUCAGGCCCUUGACGUCUCGCUUGUCGACCAGCCUUUGUCCAAUCUUCUCUUCACCCAGUUCAUGGCCUCCGUUUCCGGCAAGGUCUCCUGCCUGGCGGCCUGUGGGGACCUGACGGUGACCCUGCAGCCUGUGAGCCGCCCUGGGGACAGGGUGAACGUGCAGCUCUCCGGGAGGGGCGACUCACUCACCUUCUCCUUCGUGGACGUCCUGCCCGGCAAAUACAAAUUGAGUAUCUCCCACGAGGAGUGGUGUUGGAAGCACAAGUCCAUGGAGGUGGAGGUGCUGCAGGCUGACGUGCUUGGGGUGGAGUUCCGGCAGACGGGCUACAUGCUGCGCUGCGCCCUGUCGCAUGCCAUCACGCUGGAGUUCUUCCAGGAUGGCAGCAAGCCUGAGAACGUGGGUGUCUACAACCUUACGAAGGGGGUCAACCGUUUCUGCCUCUCCAAACCAGGCGUGUACAAGGUGACGCCCCGUUCCUGCCACCAGUUUGAGCAAGAUUAUUAUACAUAUGACACCUCCGCCCCCAGCAUCCUGACGCUGACGGCAGUCAGACACCACAUGACUGGCCUCAUCACCACCGACAAGAUCCUGGACGUCACUGUCACCAUCAAAUCGUCCAUCGAGAGCGAACCGGCCCUGGUCCUGGGGCCUCUGAGGUCCCUGCAGGAGCAGCGGCAGGAGCAGCAGCUGCUGGAGAUUGAGCUACGGCGGCAGGAGAGGGAGCGACGCGGGGAGGAGGACCCCGGUGCCAAGGAGAGCCCCCCGGUGCAGGAGCGGGCAGAGGAGCUGCGCGGGCCCUUCCACUAUGAGUUCUCCUACUGGGCCAGGGCUGGGGAGAAGGUCACUGUGACCCCAUCAUCCAAGGAGCUGCUAUUCUACCCCCCCGAAGUGGAGGCCACCAUCACAGGCGAGGGCUGCCCGGGCCGGCUGGUGGACAUAAUGGGGAGGGCCGGCCUCUUCCUAGAGGGCCAGCUGUCUCCGGGGCUGGAGGGCGUGGAGAUAUCCAUCAGCGAGAGAGGGGCCCACACUGCACUAAUCACCGUCCUCACUAACGAGAGGGGAGCCUACAGAGUAGGGCCCCUGCACAGUAACCUGCAGUAUGACAUCAGCGCUCGCAAGGAAGGCUUCGUCCUGACGGCCGUAGAGGGAACGCAGGGCGACUUCAAGGCCUUCGCCCUGGCGGGAGUCACUUUCGAGAUCAAGUCGGAAGACGGCCAGCCUCUCUCCGGGGUGCUGCUGUCCCUCAGCGGGGCGCAGUUCCGCUCCAACCUCCUCACCCAGGACACCGGCCUCCUCACGUUCAACAACCUGAGCCCCGGCCAGUACUACUACAAGCCCAUGAUGAAGGAGUACCGCUUCGAGCCGGCAUCCCAGAUGAUCGAGGUGGAGGAGGGCCAGAUGCUGAGCAUUGCCAUCACCGGCUUCAAAACCGCGUACAGCUGCUAUGGUGCGGUGCUGUCCCUGAGCGGAGAUGCAGAGCAGGGCGUGGCGGUGGAGGCCGUGGGGCAGGGUGAAUGCAGCCUGUACAGCGAGGACACCGUCACCGACGAGGAGGGCCGCUUCAGACUGCGCGGCCUGCUGCCGGGGUGCAGGUAUCUCAUCCAGCUGAGGGCCGAAGGCAACGACCACAUCGAGAGAGCCCUGCCUCUGCACAGACCCAUAGAGGUCGGGAGCAGCGACAUCGAAGGCAUCCACAUCAUCGCUUUCCGGCAGAUUAAUCAGUUUGACCUGAGUGGUAACAUCCUGACCUCCCCAGAACACCUGUCCUCCCUGUCUGUAAAGCUCUUCAAGAGUGACAAUCUGGACAACCCCAUCCAGACCGUGACCCUGGGGCAGUCGCUGUUCUUCCACUUCCGCCCUCUCCUCCGGGACGGAGAGAGCUACGUGCUGAUGUUGCACACCACCCUGCCCAGCACUCAGUACGACUACACGCUGCCCCAGGUCUCCUUCACCUCCAGUGGAUACCACAAGCAUGUCACAUUGACCUUUAACCCCAUUCGCCGAGUGCCUGACCAAGAUGUCGCCCAGGGCUCCUAUAUUGCCCUGCCCCUGACGCUGCUGCUGCUACUCGCGGCGUACAACCACGAGAAGGUAAUUCCACUGCUGGUACAAUUGGUGAGCCGGAUGCAAGGGGUGCGAGGGCUGGCCCAGGCUGGCGGAGAUGGCGCCGCCCUGGAUGAAGCCAAGCGGCAGGCAAAGAGGCAGAAGACCAGGCGUACCUGAGAACCGCAGAGACAGGCCUACAAGCCCCUCCCCCCUUCCCAAAAUGGGCGGGACUCCAGGGCUGCAGGCAAGCCGGCAGACUGAUAUUGUCAAAAUGGAUUCUGUAUGGACCAGGAAAUGCCAAAUUUGAAAAUGCCCACUGCAGGGCAUCUGUCACAUCGGGCUUUUGUGAACGAGAGCCUCCCGGCAUGUUCUGGAGAAUCCAUGCUGUCAAUAUGACCUUUUUUUUUUUUUGAGCUUCUGUGAAUGAUCUGGGAGAAGGGGGGUCACUCAGUGUGACUCGUCUCCCAUGGUUUUGUCUCUUUAGUAUGGGUGGGUUGCAGUUUCUGAAGAGGGGGGGGGGGGGGGGGGGGGUCAGGAACAGGUGUUGUAUGUCUUUAAAACUACUAAUUCGGGGUUAAUUUGGGAUAGGGGAUUUGAGAAGCUAAUUUGACUGUGAAAUGUUUUAGGUGUGGUCAGGGGAUUGAGUUUGAUGGUCUCAGGGUGGAAGCGAUUUGGGAGGUGAAGAGUGGCUGGAUUCUCUGAGGAUCCAGUGAUCAGGCCACAGGCAGAUGGUUACAAGGCUUCGUCACCGUGAUUUACCAUCUCUGCAUCUGAAGCUCCUCAGCAGACUGGUCUCCCGCCUCCCACUGUCCCUCCCACUGUCCUUCCCACUGCUACUUAAUAAAAUUGUUUUUAUAUGUUUUGUUCCCCCAGAGUAGGCAGCAGACAAUGCAAUCUUAAUUUAUGUUGACUUCUUGACCAAGUCAAGUUAAAAAUAAAGACUGUUGCUGGAAUAA